AUGGCGACCCCCAAAUCCACACAGCUGCAGUCUCCAGUCGACAGGAACCUUCAAAACGUGGUGCUGGGCGAUCUCUUGUUCCAGCCAUGGAACCAAUCCAUCUACCCGGAAGACCUUGUAGCCAAGGACACCGAGCGGCUCUACGUCUGCCGGUGGUGCUUCCGAUACACGUGCGAUGCCGAUAUAUUCGACCAACAUAGAAAGGCCUGCGAGCAUCGCAUCACGCCGCCGGGAACCAAAGUCUACGACCAUGGCGGGUAUGCGGUUUGGGAAGUCGACGGUCAAGAUUACAAGUUGUUCGGACAAAACCUGUCUCUUUUCGCAAAGCUGUUCCUUGAUCACAAGACGGUGUUCUUCGAUGUCGCAACUUUCCUAUACUACAUUCUUACCUUCACCGACCCCGAGGAUCAUGAGAGCUACCAUGUCCUCGGCUUCUUUUCAAAAGAGAAGCUUUCCUGGGACGCGAAUAAUCUUGCCUGCAUUUUGAUCUUCCCACCUUACCAACACAAGCAGCUUGGAAAAUUGCUCAUGGGGGUGAGCUACAAGCUGAGCGGUUGGGACUCCAACGGUGGACCCAUUGGUGGGCCAGAGAAGCCAUUGAGUGAACUGGGCCACAAGAGCUAUGUCCGCUUUUGGGCCGAGCGGAUUGCCCGGUUUUUACUCCGCGGGAAGCCAACAAACAGCUCCCUCGACCCUGUUCAGCAGAAGCCCAAUUCCACUCCCAAGGGCUCGCGCAAGAGACCACCGCGUGAGACAAUGACCGUUGAGGAACUUGGACUGGGGACUGGGAUGCUCACUGAAGAUGUGAUCACUGCCCUGAAAAGCAUGGGGCUCUUUGAUCCUCAGGCGACCCCUAAAAAGCGCAAGUCAAACCGCACGGGGUCGGGGGAGGAUCCUACACCUCCUGGGCAGACGGUCACUAUUCAAAAGUCCGAUGUUUGGGACUGGGCUCAAGCACAUCACCUCGUAUGGGAGGACCCGGUCUGUGAAUCUGGAUUUGAGGGACUCUGGCCUCCUGUCAUCGCAUCCGAAGAGGAGAGCCAUAGGGAUGCCUUAGAAGAGGACUGA